UCCUGUCUGCGCCUGCGGAAUCUCAGUUUGACCCCGGAAGUGCCGGCGCUGUGGGAGCUGUCAUCGUGGACCGCGGCGGCUGUGGCGGCGGCGGUACAGCGCCGGCAGGGGAGCCGCCGAGGUCCCCACACUGGACACUCCCAUUACUGUCUUUGGAAGGAGGGUCAAUGCAGCACAAUGCCAGCUCUGCCCCUGGACCAACUCCAGAUCACCCACAAGGACCUGAAGACAGGGAAGCUGAGGACUUCACCAGCGCUGCACCCCGAGCAGAAGGCAGACCGGUAUUUUGUGUUAUACAAACCGCCCCCUAAAGACAACAUUCCCGCCCUAGUGGAGGAGUACCUGGAACGCGCCACCUUCGUAGCCAAUGACCUCGACUGGCUCCUGGCCCUGCCUCACGAUAAAUUCUGGUGCCAGGUUGUCUUCGACGAGACUCUGCAGAAGUGCCUGGACUCCUACCUGCACUAUGUCCCCCGAAAGUUCGACGAGUGGGUGGCCCCGGCCCCUGAGGUCGUUGACAUGGAGAAGCGCCUCCACCGAAGUGUUUUUCUCACCUUCCUUCGCAUGUCCACUCACAAGGAAUCCAAAGAUCACUUCAUUUCCCCCUCUGCUUUUGGAGAAAUCCUCUACAACAACUUCCUGUUUGACAUCCCAAAGAUCCUGGACCUCUGCGUGCUCUUUGGAAAAGGCAACUCCCCGCUGCUGCAGAAGAUGAUAGGAAACAUCUUUCUCCAACAGCCAAGUUACUAUAAUGACCUGGAUGAAACCAUGCCCACCAUCCUUCAGGUCUUCAGCAAUAUCCUCCAGCACUGUGGUUUGCAAGGGGACGGGGCCUGCGCCACACCCCAGAAGCUUGAGGAGAGGGGCCGGCUGACCCCCAGCGACAUGCCUCUUCUGGAAUUAAAGGACAUCGUUCUCUACCUUUGUGAUACGUGCACCACACUCUGGGCCUUUCUGGAUAUCUUCCCUUUGGCUUGCCCAACCUUCCAGAAACACGACUUCUGUUACAGGCUAGCUUCCUUUUACGAAAUAGCAAUUCCCGAACUGGAGUCUGCAAUUAAGAAGAGGAGGCUUGAAGAUAGCAAGCUGCUAGGUGACCUGUGGCAGAGGCUCUCCCAUUCCAGGAAGAAGCUACUGGAGAUUUUUCACAUCCUCCUGAACCAGAUCUGCCUUCUCCCAGUCCUAGAAAGCAGCUGUGACAACAUUCAGGGCUUUAUCGAAGAGUUCCUUCAGAUCUUCAGCUCCUUGCUGCAGGAGAAGAGGUUCCUCCGGGACUAUGAUGCGCUCUUCCCCGUGGCCGAUGACAUCAGCCUGUUGCAGCAGGCCUCGUCAGCCUUGGACGAGACUCGGACCGCCUACAUCCUCCAGGCAGUUGAGAGUGCAUGGGAAGGGGUGGACCGAAGGAAAGCCACCAAUGCCAAAGACCCACCGGUGGCUGAGAAUCCUAACAGGGUCGUGGAGGCGGCGGAGGCGGUCAGCAGACCGUCAUCGCUUCCCCAGAACUUGGAGGAAGAGGAGUGCCUGGGGGCAGCGGCUGCUCCAGGCCCCGCCGUGUGUGGCGUGGAGCUGGACUCACUCAUCUCCCAAGUGAAGGACCUGCUGCCAGACUUUGGCGAGGGCUUCAUCCUGGCCUGCCUGGAGCACUACAGCUAUGACCCGGAGCAGGUGAUCAACAACAUCCUGGAGGGGCGGCUGGCCCCUGCCCUCAGCCAGCUGGACCACGGCCUAGACAGACAGGUGAAGCCAGACCCGACUCCCCUGCUGGCGUCUCGUCACAACAUCUUCCAGAAUGAUGAGUUUGACGUGUUCAGCAGGGACUCAGUGGACCUGAGCCGGGUACACAAGGGCAGGAGGAAGGAGGAGAGCGCGCGGAGCCUGCUGAACGACAAGCGGGAGGUGGUGGCGCAGCGGCGGCGCUACGAGCAGUACAGCGUGGUGGCGGAGGAGGUGCCAGUGCAGCCAGGGGAGGACUCGCCUUACCGCGGUGACGACUACGAGGAUGAGUAUGAUGACACAUAUGAUGGCAACCAGGUGGGCGCCAACGACGCAGACUCAGAUGAUGAGCUCAUCAGCCGCAGGCCCUUCACCAUCCCUCAGGUGCUGAGAACCAAAGUGCCCAGAGAAGGGCAGGAGGAGGACGAGGAGGAGGAGGAGGAGGCUGAGGACGAGGCCCCCAAGCCUGACCAUUUUGUGCAGGACCCUGCAGUGCUGCGGGAAAAAGCAGAAGCCAGGCGCAUGGCCUUCCUGGCCAGGAAGGGGUACCGGCAUGACAGCUCGACGGCAGUGGCUGGCAACCCCCGGGGCCACGGGCAGAGCCGAGAGACAACACAGGAACGCAGGAAGAAGGAAUCCAGCAAGGCCACACGAGCCAACCACAACCGGAGAACCAUGACUGACCGCAAAAGAAGCAAAGGCAUGAUUCCAUCCUGAGGCCACUGCGCCAGGGCUAGCCGGACCUGCCAGGCUGAGGUACCGUAGCCUGGGGCCUCCUCGCCAGUUGGCCCCCUGCCAGGCCCCAAGUUCAAGUCCACCCCUAGACAGCCUCAGCUUCGCAGCCCCUGAGAAGGCCGCCUCAUCGUCUGCCAGCCAGCCGUGAGCGCCAUCCUGCAGAACACACAGUGCCUUAUCCACAGCAGAGGAACCGAGCGGCCAGCGCGCAGGUGCAAGGGACGGGGUUGGAGCCCCAAGGCCAGCCCCCAAACCUCGUGCAGCCGGACACCACGUCCCUUUCUCCCUGGACGGCAGGAAACCUGUGUAUUCAAAAACAAAAAAAACCACAAAAAAAGCCCUGCGAAUAAAGUUUUGACCCUUUCAAGAAAUGAUCCGUGCUGGGCCUGUGACCCACUCCCCCUGUGUCCUAGUGCUUCGAUGACAGCCGCCGUCAGGAGAGGAAGGCGGCAGGGCGGUGCUCUUUUCAUCAGCCUUUCAUGCUUGCCUCUCAUUUUCACCCCUCCUGAUCUCGCUCUGCCUCACUGUGUGGCCCAGAGAACAUCACUCCCUUCUCUGAGCCUCCGGUCCCUGCCUGCGGAAGCAGGGGCUGAGCGUGUGAGGCCCUGCAGUCCUUUCCGUGAGCUCGUUCAGUCCCCACGACCGCCACCCUAGGAGGUAGGUAGGUACGAUUUUCAGCCCCAUAGUACAGAUGAGGGAGGCCAGGCACUGAGAACUGCAGGUGGCUGCCCGCCCACAGCCAGGAGGUGCGAGAACAGGGAUUGGACACCCAGUCUGACCCCUGGCCUUUUCAGGGUCCUGGGCCCCCAUGGGUGGUGUCAUCUCCAUGUCAUAGCUGCCCAAGGAUGGUGGGCCAGUGGCCGAGCCAAAACCAGAACUCAGUGCCUCCUGGUUGCACAGACGUUCCAUUAAAUCCUCCAAAAUCAAGGGGUCGGAGACAGGAAGAAACAAGUGACGAUGUCACUACCAAGUCCUGUUGAAGCGAGUGGGACUUGGGCCUUGUUCCUCAAAGCCCCCUCCCAGGCAUGGCCAACCAGCUCCUAGCAUGGCUGCAGCUGCCAGACAUCCGAUUCUUGGGCCGCCCAGAAUGUGGCUGAUCGGUGGCAGAUCAGCAGCAGGGCAUUUGCUGGGCUGACCCCCCACCAGCCUGGCCCGGAGUCCAUCAGUGGAAGCCAGGGCCCCUGCCCAGCUGGACCCUGACAAAUCACCCUAGAUGCUAGUGCAAUUUAUUUGCACGUGGUUAGCAUGAGAGUCUGAAGCAGCGAGGCAGACAGGCACUUGAUGAAUUGGUUUUGUUAGGUCAGCCUGCACAAGUGGAAAUCAAUAGCAAUUCCUCUGUCGAGCCAGUUCUCUCGGUGUGUUUGAGAUGCAGAGCAGAUAUGGAGGUGGUGUCCUCUCCUCGCGCUGUCAAAUUAGCUGAGAUCGGGCCCAGGGACCGCCGUCCUGACAGGCAGCAGGAAGACUCUGUUUCCUCCUGGAGGCAUUUGCCAGGGACCCAGCUCAGUGGCAGGCCCAUUUUUUUUUUCUCUCUCUGAGCUGCUCAAGCCCAGCCCUUGGCCCUGGAGCGAAGUAAGAUGGGUUGGGGGGGCUCCUGGGCUUUACCUGCCUUACCUGUUACUGUUUAUACAGCCCCUCACACCUUCACUUGUCAUCUGUACCUCCUGACCACCUGGAGUUCAGGCUUCACGUUAGCCUCCUGGUUUAAAGGAUUUGAGAAGACGGGGGAUUUUUGAAAUUUUCCAGAAAGUACUGCCAGGUCCAACUUAGUCUCCCUUGAAGAAUCACCUCAAGGUGAUUUUCCAUUUCAGAUCAUGGGGGCAUCCUUUCGGGCUUGUUUUGGAAACAGCUCAGGGGUCAUCCAGAAUAGUGCUGGCAGACGUACCCCUUCACCUCUUGGGGCCUCAGUUUUCCUAUAUAUAAAGUGGGUACAUUGGACCAGAUGAAUGGUUUCCACUUGGUGCCAAUUAGAUCCACCGAGGAGGCCCCAGGGUUUAAGAUGGGCAGCAUUAUAAGUGAAGUGGGGUGGAGGCUCUGAACCCUGCCCACUCAGUCACUGGGCCCUACCACCCCCAUGACUGCUCCUAAGCAGGAAUUUUCUAAGUGCCUUCUCUGUACCCUGGCAGAGAACAUGACUAUCACAGGCAUUUCCCAGGAAGCUUUUAAGACCUUGUGCCUCCAAGAGGACUUAAGACUUGAGUGUCUUUGUCUCCAGUCCAUGAUUGGCAGUGACGGUGGAGAUGUCAGUUUGAACAGUGCACCUGUGCCUCUGUGAGGUGGGUGGGCAGAGCCAUUCAAAGGGGCCCCGGCAGCCUAGGGAGGGCAAGUAACAUGCCCAGAGCCCAUGGAUACAGAUCCUUUCUGAGUGGCCCUCUGAGAUGGCUAGGUGCAGUUUGGAAGAGUAAAUACUUGGCAAGAACCUGCCUGUCCCAGCCACACCAGAAGCUUGGGUUAAAUAAUACAGGGAGAGAAACAAACAAACAAAACUAAAAGUUAAACCCACCAAAAAUGCAGGGGGGUGUUGUAUAGCUCUUUAACAUGAUGUCAAUGAAUACUUGGUAGCAACAUGAGAAACUAAAUAUUCAAGAAUUUUUAAAAAAAUUUUAAGAAUAAAUGUUAAAGCAGAAUACAUGGUAAUGCACCAUGAUUGUGAAAAUGUUAGGAAAAAAUUUUUUUGCAUUUUUCCAAGUCUGGAAGGGAAUGUGCAUAACUGAAAAUGAUGAUAAGAGCAUGGAUGACAAUGGUGGUGAGACCACAAUUAUUUGUAAUUAGAAUAAAAAGCACUUACCGUG